GCUGAAGGACCCCUUGUGUCUGGAAAAAAUCUCGUCAGAGUGAAACCGGUGAAUGUUUGUCUGUCAGCGGCGAUUUAUUUAUUAAAAUCCCCGUUUCAGCCUUCAUCUCGACAACACCACAUCACAUAUAAGUGGAAAUUAAGCUGACUGUGAGCGGCGGCUUUCUGUUUCACGUCGAUUUCGCUCCGUUUAUUUAUUUGGCCGUCGACCAAACAAACAGCGACAUUUUAUCCGAAUUCAGUCUGAAUCGAAUAUGAGCGAAACUCUGGAUCGAGUUGAAGUCUGUGAAAGUCUCUUGACAUGGAUUCAGACAUUUGGAGUGGAGGCUUCAUGUACAGCAGUAGAUGAGCUGACAAGUGGAGUGGCCAUGGCACAGGUUUUACAGAAAAUUGAUGGGAUGUACUUUACUGACGCUUGGAUCGCUCGUAUUAAAGCUGAUGUCGGGGACAAUUGGAGGUUAAAGAUCAGCAAUUUAAAGAAAAUAUUGAAAGGGAUUCUGGAUUACAACCAUGAGGUGUUGGGGCAACAGAUGAAUGAUUUCACUCUUCCGGAUGUCAGUCUUAUUGGAGAACACUCAGAUGCAGCAGAAUUGGGUCGAAUGUUGCAGCUCAUAUUGGGCUGUGCUGUUAACUGUGAACAGAAACAGGAAUAUAUCCAGACCAUAAUGAUGAUGGAGGAGUCUGUCCAGCACGUGGUCAUGACAGCCAUCCAGGAGCUGAUGAGUAAAGAGACGCCCGUGUCCGCAGGAAGUGACUCGUACAUUGAUCUGGACAGACAGUUGAAGAAGACGGUGGAGGACCUGAAUGAGGCUUUGUCCACUAAAGAGGAAAUCGCUCAGCGCUGUCAUGAACUCGACAUGCAGGUGGCCGCUCUUCAGGAGGAGAAGAGCAGUCUGCUGGCUGAGAAUCAGCUGUUGAUGGAGCGACUCAACCAGUCGGACUCCAUUGAGGAUCUGAACAGCCCGGCGGGUCGCAGACACCUGCAGCUCCAGACUCAACUAGAGCAGCUGCAGGAAGAGACGUUCAGACUGGAAGCCGCUAAAGACGAUUGCCGUAUCCGUUGUGAAGAGCUAGAGAAGGAGUUGGUGGAGGUCAGAGGUCAGAAUGAGGAGUUGACUUCUCUGGCCGAGGAGGCGCAGUCGCUCAAAGAUGAGAUCGACGUUCUCAGACACUCGUCUGAUAAAGUGUCGAAGCUUGAGGCUCAGGUGGAGGCGUAUAAGAAGAAGCUGGAGGAUCUUGGAGAUUUGAGACGUCAGGUGAAGCUGUUGGAGGAGAAGAACACCAGUUACAUGCAGAACACCGUUACUUUGGAGGAAGAUCUACGCAAGGCCAAUGCCACACGAGGACAGCUGGAGACCUACAAGAGACAGGUGGUGGAACUUCAGAACAAACUCUCUGAAGAGUCCAAAAAAGCUGAUAAGAUGGAGUUUGAGUAUAAGCGAGUGAAGGAGAAGGUUGACUCUCUUCAGAAGGAAAAAGACAGAAUGAGAACAGAGAGAGACUCUCUGAAGGAGACGAUUGAAGAGCUGAGGUGUGUCAAAGCUCAAGAGUCUCAGCUCACAUCAGGUUUGGUGCCACUUGGAAGUAACGAGCCGUCUGAUUCGCUGGCUGCAGAAAUUGUCACACCAGAGGUUAGGGAACGUCUGAUUCGACUGCAGCAUGAAAAUAAGAUGUUAAAACUGGCUCAGGAGGGAUCAGAUAAUGAACAGAUUGCUCUACUCAGGAGUUUACUGGAGGACGCCAACAGUAGAAAAAACGAACUGGAGACUGAGAACAGGCUGUUGAAUCAGAGUUUACUGGAGAGACAGUCUGAUGUGGAUGAACUACAGAAGUCUCUUCAGGAGCAUGGAUCUAAAUCAGAUGAUUCUGCUUUAAUGAAAAGGAAAUGUCAGGAACAUUUAGAGAAACUGAAGGACGCCACUAAUGAACUACAGAAGAAAAGCUCUGACAUUGAAGUCCUGGAGACGAAAAUGUGUUCAAGUGCUCAGAAGAUUGAAGAACUAGAUGAAGCACUAAAGAAAAAAGAUGAAGAUAUGAAACAGAUGGAGGACAGAUACAAAAAAUACCUGGAAAAAGCCAAGAGUGUGAUUCGGACUCUGGACCCUAAACAGAAUCAAGGUUCGGCUCCUGAAGUUCAAGCUCUGAAGAAUCAGCUGCAGGAGAGAGAGAGAAUGCUGCACUCACUAGAGAAGGAGUAUGACAAAACAAAGUCUCAACGAGAUCAGGAGGAGAAGCUCAUCGUAUCUGCCUGGUACAACAUGGGAAUGGCGCUGCAGAAGAAAGCUGCUGAGGAUCGUCUGGCCAGCACGGGCUCGGGUCAAUCUUUCCUGGCCCGGCAGAGACAGGCGACCAGCGCCCGUCGGGCGUAUCAGGGCCACGUGCAGCCCACUGCAGCCAGGUAGAAAGUCCUGCCCUGUCCGUCGUCAUUGGCUACCUUCAUCACAGCGCCGCUGUAGCCAAUCGGGACACCUCUUUCGAUCCAAACUCUCACAGUCUUACCUUCCUCCUGGUCGUGAUGGGUUAAAUCAGGGUAUCGGAUAGACCCGCCUCUCUAUUCCAACUCCACUGAUGCGCUCUGUUAAGGGAUUUUAAGAAGAGAUGCUGCUCAACGUUUACCCUAUUCUUAUAUUAAUAACCAAAAAUGAAGAUGCUCCCAAGGUCAAGUGGCUCUAAUCUGAAAUGAUGAGAAUUGAGCAGAUUCUUCUCUUCUUAAUGAUUGCAUUUAAGAGAUGCAUGAACCGUCUUAAUGUCUGCGACAGCAUGAUCCUCAGUGCAUAUUUUAAAUGACAGGUUUAUUUUAUAAACUCUAGUUUGCAGUAUUUUUAUUUUGUGCACACAAUCAUGCAGGAAAGAGAAGUCAAUAUGUUUUGAGUAUAUUGGAUAGUGUGAGUGUUUCUUUUUUUUGGACCGUUCAGCAUCUUUGCUUAAAACUCGUCAAGAUGCCUGAAAGGUCUUGGGUUGUUUUGAGCCCAACGUUCUCUCUGUGCACGCAUUGAUAUUUAAUUUUCUCUCAUAUGUCCCAUAUUUUGAAUUUCUUUAUUUUGUGAGAAAGAGUGACAAUAUGUUUUUGCCUUUUAAAUUCUAGAUACACGAUUGUGAUGGUAGAUGAUGAUGCAUCAGUUUGAUUUUGUGCUACCUGUAGAUCUUCAUUCUUGAUGUUCUGAUUUGUUUUCAUUCACUGUGCCUUAACACAAACACAGAUCACAUAUUGUGACGAUGUCCACCCAUCAUUACUGGAUCCACACUAAAUGAAAACUGAGAAGAUGAAAAUGAAGACUGCUUUUAGUUUUAUUGCAGUCAGAAGAGUCACUUUAUGAGCUUUUUAUUCUCUUCUUCACAUUACAGCCCCACAGAAACAAAAACUGAAUGAUUAGCAAACACAUUCAUGUAAGAGAAAGUGUUUGACUGACAGGUGUUCAUCUCCUCUCUACCACAGUGAUGUUAAAGCAUGACCAGCAGGGGGCGGAGCUGCAUGACACAAAAACUAACACACCAUCAUGACCUGCCAGUCAUAACCACUGAACCCUUGUGCUGCUUGUGCUUCUAACACCCUUCUGUGAUCACAUGAUCAUGAUGAUGACGCCUCAGUGUGUUGGGUUUUCAAACUAACCUGUGAUCAGUGUUUGAACCCUCGCUGGACCCAUGGCAGUGACCGUUAUACUUUAAUGAAUGAUAGACUUCCAGUUUUCCUCACAUCUCAUUCAUUUGUGUUGUUCAUUGCUAAUGCGAGAGUAUUUUCCUCCUGUAGUUUCUGAUUCAUAUAAAGGAAAUCCUUCAGAAGUCUUGAUGAGUUACACACAGAACAUUUGGCCUUUGCGUGCUCGCUGUGCCUUCAUGAGUCACUUUUAUUUAUUCUCUUUUGUUUUGCUCGUAUGGCUUUGCUGCUGUGAAUGAACAACAGUAAUGACGACACGCACGCAGUAUUUUUCAUCGGCCGAGGUUUUGUCAGUGUUUCAGAUCAAACGUGUUACUUACAGUGUUGCAACCCUUCGUUUUUAUUUUACCAGUGUGCAUUUUACUUUAGACAUGAUGUUUCUUAACGAGGAAUUAAAACCAUUUUAAUUCUUAUUCUGCUGCUUUUUUCACAGCUGUUACAGAUAAAUAUGCAUUGAAUUAUCAGUAUACGUGUAUGAAAGAAGUUUGAUUUGAACUUCCAAACAGUGUUUGUGUUUUAGUGGAGGAUUUUAAUUCUUCUGCUUGUAUUAGAAAGAGGUUUCUCACACAAUCACCUAUAACUGAACACAUUGCUUUUAUGAUUGAUGUAUAAAUUUGUUUUUAAUCCAUCGUGCUCUCAUGACAUUGAGCUAAAGUAGCAAAUGUUCUUGCCAAGUUUUAUACUGCUUGUAUACAAUAUGUACAUAUACCGUAUGUGUGUCAGCGGCUGAGGGGUUUUUAAAGAGCUGAUUGAUUAUGGGAUGCAUUUCAUGAUGUGUCUUCAUCCAAACUCUGUUGAUGAGUUUGUGCUUCCGACGCUGAGAAACUGUACAGUUGUUAUUCAAGUUGUAAAUAAAGCUUGUAUAAAAAAUUCA